UAGGAUAGUAUAGAUUAUAUUAAAAAAAAAAAUGCCGGAACUUAGUCAAGUAGAACUGUUAGAUAGAAUAAAUAAGUCCCUUAAGUUUUUACCGAAUUUUGAUGGAAGUUCUCACACACUAACUAGAUUUAUAAAUUUAGCUGACCAAUUAGUACGCUCAUUUUUAAAUCCCGCUCAAGAGUAUGACCUUUCAAACCUUUCCUUGAUUAGUGGUAUUCUUAAUAAAAUUACUGGAUCUGCAGCAAGAACCAUAUCAGCCAACGGAAUUUCCGAUGACUGGAAUAAAAUUAAAGCUACAUUAAUUAACAGUUUUUCCGAUUACCGUGACGAAAUAGCUUUACUUACAGACUUAUCAUAUUUAAUUCAAGGUCCUGAUACAGUUCAAAUCUUUUACGAAAAGGUUCAAAAUUUACUCUGCACACUUAUUACGUACGUAGAGCUACACGAUACUGUCAAAACUACUGUCGAUGUAAAAAGAACGCUUUACCAAAAAUUAGCACUUAAAACCUUCUUAAAAGGUUUAAGAGAACCUUUAGGGUCAAGAGUAAGGUGUAUGAGACCCCCCACAUUACAAACUGCUCUCGAAUUUGCCAAAGAAGAAUUAAAUAUAAUACAUCUGCAGAAUAGAACUAAGUUUUUCCAAAAUUAUCAUAAGCAUACUCGUAGACCUUAUUCUUUUUAUUCACAGCGAAAUUAUUUCAGUGACACAAAAUUCCCUUCUAGGUCACGAAGAUACUCAAUGCCCCAAAAACACAUUCCUUCAGAACCUCAAUACCCAUCAAGUAAUUAUAUCCCAUGCCAACCUCACCCUAUUCCACAAAAUUGCCCACAGGUGGAAUUAAAUCAACUGGAAAUUCUAGAAACCAAAAUUCCUGUUAAUUACUAUAAAUCUGACCAAUAUUAUAAUUCCCAAGAAAAUAUGUCGACCCGGUGUGAAAAUGAAAUUGACACCGCUGCUGACGAUAAGCAGAAUUACGAGUUCGUAUUAUCACGUUUGCCCAUAGAUCAGUUAAAUGUAGAAGAGGCUACUAAUCUAAUUAAUUUAGCCAAAGAAUAUUCCGAUGUAUUUUAUUUAGAAAAUGAAAAUUUAAGUCAUGAAUUCCGACAAUUUAACUUCUCUACGAUGGAAAAUUCGUAUCCAAUCUCAAAUUUAACCGACGUUUUAGACAAAUUAGGAAGGUGCUUGUACUUUACUACCCUAAAUCUUAAUUUAAAUAAUGAGACUUUUCAAAAUUUUACUGACAAUAAUCUUCAAAGCCUGCCAAAUUCCAUAGCUUACUUAGGUAAAAUUUUAGUUUUCUCUACAUCAUUACAGGAACAUUUAGUGAAUUUACGUGCUAUUUUAGAAAGAUUAAGGAGUUCGAAUUUUAAAAUUAAAAUAGAUAAAUCGGAAUUCUUUAAACACGAAACGCCUCUGUGCCAUAUCUAUUCUCCGCAUGGCAUACAAGCGAACCCAGAUUAUAUUUCACAUGUUUUAAAUUUUCCAUUACCUAACAGUCGCAAAGAAAUUAAAGAAUUUUUAAGUAUCCUUGGCUUUUACAGAAGAUUUAUACCAGACUUUGCAAAGACGACCAAGCCUCUAACAUCUUGCUUGAAGAAAGGAGCAAAACUUAAUCAUGAUUCAGAUUUCAUUAAUUCUUUCGAAAAUUGUAAAAUUCUUGUAAAAAGUAUCCCAGUUUUAGCUUACCCCGAUUUUAAACAGGAAUUUAACUUGACAACCUUUGCCUCUGAUAUGACUUUAAAUGCAGUACUAUCCCAAGGCCAUAUUGGCACCGAUGUACCUAUUGCAUAUGCAUCCCGUACCUUAAAUGAUAGCGAGAUUAAAUAUUCCAAAACAGAAAAAGACUUUCUCGCAGUAGUCUGGGCCACCAAGUACUUUAGGCCAUAUCUUUUUAACAGAAAGUUCAAAAUCAUUUCCGAUUUUCCUGAUUUAUCGAAUUUAAAAGACACGAGUCCCCGUAUUACGCGGUGGAACUUAAAAUUAGCAGAAUACGAUUUUACGGUUGUUAAGAAAGUAAAGCCUACUGCAGACGAUCAGUUGAAAGAAACUAUACCAGUACGCGUUAAUCGCUCUGAAAAUUCAAAAUCUGUAAAAUGUUCAAAAUCCAUGGUCAGAAAUUCAUCUCAUACUGACACCACUUGCACUAACUUACCCAAAAAUCCCGAAAUUCCUAUCCAAAGUUCAAUCACUCACAACCAAGCUAUAUACAUAUAUACUUCGAGAAAAAACCGGAAAAAACCCUUUCCAAAAUCCCGAUUUAAAAAGCUCAAAUAAAAUGGAUUUUCAUAUUACAUUUUAAUUUAGCAGUUAGGUAUCUAAUCUAACUUCCAAGUCCUCGCGACAUUCCCACGAUCGGAUUUCAUCCUACUGAUAGGACUACACUAUAAGUAUACUAUUUCAUUCAAUUAAUGCUUUUUAAUUAGAAAUCUAUUUUAUACCAUUUAUAACUUUUAUAACUUUGUCCUCGAUACUUUUACCUGUUUUAAAAAGAUUUCCUAAAUUUAAGAACUAGAUGCUACUACCAUUCCAGUAAAUCAGAUAAAAUCAGUAAAGUUCUUACUUAUGUCACAGAGUGACUAAUAAGACUAAUGAACAAUUUUAGCUAUAUGCUCAAUGCUCGAGUUUUUGUAAAUUUCUCGAUGAAAUAUGCAAGAAAUCCCGAGUUAUAACUAUAGCUUACUUCGACUAUUUGACUGUUAGUAGAAAGACUAUUACUUCAUUCUACAUUUAGCGUAUCUUAUCAGUUUA